AUGGGGCUUCUUAGCUGCAUAGGGAAGGUGGAGCCAUCCUGCCCAGAGGAGCAGACCCAAGGCUGUGGGGCCUCUUCUCAGCUCCCCCUGAGGAGUCUGUCGAGGAAGCAUGGUGAGAACCAGGGGAAAAUUCUCUACUUUGACCCACAAGCCCCAGGCCGCAUCUCUACCUCUCCCACUUUGAGGAGAUUAAGGGGCAAUGGCUGCAGGACUUCACACUCGCUGUCCCAGCAAGAGACUUUGGAAAUGCCCACUGGGAAGAAGCCUGCAGGCUCUCCAUGUUACCUUUCUAAGAGUCUACAGGGAAGCCCAAAGAAUUCUUCACACUCCCUAUUGCCCUUGAGACUCCAAGCAAGAUUGCCUCCAGACCCCAAAAGGGCCCUCAACACAGCUGACUCAUUUGAACCCCAUCCUGCACUUCAGCCCAUCAGUGAGGGGUCUCUUCUUUAGGCCUCUCUUCCAGAAAAAGGAGGCCACUCACCGCCCAGCCCCGCCACAUGGCCCCCUGGUCCUCACAAUUGAUUUCCGGGAGAAGCGCUGCAUCCAUCCAGGUUCUAGGAGCAGAGGAGGAGUUCUCUCGUGCUCACCUUCCCUGGACUUGAGCUGUUCCCUGGGGGUCUCCUGGUGUCCGAUGGAGCUGCCGAUUCCCUGUGCCACCCACUUCUGCUACUGAAUUCAGAAUCCAAAAAUCCAAGAUGGCCUUUCUUCAAGACAGGAGUGUUGAGGGGCAAAGACAAACACAAGCGCCUAUCCCAUCCGGAAAGCUGCCUGUCCUCUGUGAAUAUAGACUUCAGAGCCCGUGAGCUCCACGGCCUUCAGGAUAAAACCUGGAAUGAAGUCAUGGAAACACAUCAAAAACUUCCCACCGACCAAUUAGACUGGAGAAAGCAGCGAGAGACCAUGUGGGAACUCUUCACAAGUAAAUGCACUUAUUUCUUGGACCAUUUAUUAGUUCUUGAAAAGAUCUUCAUGAAUACAUUAAAAUAUCUACAAACUCAUGAAUAUCUCCUGGUUGUGGAUGUAUGGAGACUUUUUGCAAACCCAAAGGAGUUGAGUCAGACAAGCUUUGGUUUUGUGAACAGUCUUUCUAGCAUCAUCAAGGCCUAUGCCAAGCCUACGGAGACCUCACUGCCGAUGGAUAUCAUUUCUGAGCUCACAAAGAGCCCUUCUGUAGGAUCCAGAGAAAAUGGCCCCAGCCUUUCCAGAAAACCAGCUCUUUCCUGCACCUGCAAGAAGGCCUUGCCAGAGCAUCACCUCAGAGGCAUGGGAGGGAAGGCUGCCACAGUUCCCAAACACUUCACCGUGAAUCAGCGCGCCUUUGCCGUGGCCCGGAGGUGCCAGAAAGCCUGGUGUGAGCAAAAUGAACAGUGCAGACGGCUUCACCUGCCUAAGCUCCGCGUGGCCCCGCUGCACAGGCUGACUCAGUACCCCUUGUUACUGAAGAAUAUCUGGGAACGGAGUAGAGACUCUCCAGGGAAAAUCAUGAUCUAUGCCAUCAAGGAAAAGGUGGAGAAGUCACUGAGUAAGGAUCUUGAAGGAAAAGUGAAAUGGCUUGACAAUUUCCAAAAAUGUAGAUGUCUACAGGAGACUACAGUGUGGCCUCCACUUUGGGAUAGAGAUAAAAGAUUUUUCAUUCCAGAGUGCCUGAAAUGUAUUUUUAAAGAACACAUGGCAGAAAACAUCUUGGUACCAACCAACACACACCUUCUCUAUGAAGAAAAAAUAACUCUUGCAGAAAGCUCAAGAUUCCUAGAUGCUUAUCUGUUUCUCUCUGAUGAUUUCCUCUUAGUUACAAAAACUAAGCACCACAAAAAGUGGAUGCUCGAUACUGGUUUCCUGUGUCCUUCACUCAUUCCUGAGCUGCAAACAGUAAUACAAGAGUGUGGUUCAUGUACAGUACUUCAUCAGCCCAUUGCACUAGACAGAUUGGUGGUCAGUAUUGAUCCACUCCACGUGUCAGCGUUCAGGUUGAGAAAUGCUUUCCUUGUACAACAUGAAAACAGGUCUUGACAGUGUAGAGUAGAAUUCUUAUUACAAGCCCAAACGGAAAACAUCAAAGAAACAUGGAUGGCACAAAUAGCAGUGGUCUCUUGCUUCACCAAGAAUCAGGAAACCAAGAAUAUAUCUUUAUUUACAUUGUCUGCAAAAUCCUCUGAAAUUUAG